AUGCUCAGCGGCAAGGUCGUUUUGAUCACUGGGUGCUCUAGUGGAAUAGGCCUGGCCACGACAAAGGCCUGUUUGGACGCAAAGGCCCAAGUGUUCGGGUGCGACGUCCAAAAGCCACCCGCCGAGCUGUUAGGACUCCCAAACUUCUCAUUCCAGUCUUGCGAUGUGUCGAAGCAGGCAGACAUCUCUGCUACAGUGGAAGCGUGCGCCAAGGCAUUCAAUGGCCGCAUCGACGUACUUUUGAACGUUGCCGGUAUCUCGGAUAGCCUCGGUUCGGUCGACAGCUUGGACGACGAACAAUACGACCGAGUGGUUGCUGUUGACUUGACGGGCCCUAUCAAACUCAUGAGAGGCGUGAUACCUUAUAUGCGAGCCCAGAAGAGUGGGUCCAUAGUCAACGUCUCGAGCAGGGCUGGCAUGGGUGGCGGUGUCGCCGGUGUGACAUAUACUGCCAGUAAGCACGGGCUAAUUGGUGCCACCAAGAACGUGGCCUGGCGCUACCACCAAGAAGGAAUCCGGUGCAAUGCAAUCUGCCCUGGAGGGGUACGAACCAACAUCACCAAUGCUAUAUCAGAGGGCAUCGAUGUCGAAGCCUUCCAGAAUUCGAGACCUGUUUUGAAUGUCCAUUUCAACCCACGGUCCACGGAUGCUCUCAACGGUCAGGAUGGCCCCAUUGCCACUGGCCCCAUCAGCCCUGAGGAAGUUGCAAAUGUUCUCGUCUUCUUAGCUUCCGAUCUCAGCUCCGCGAUCAACGGGGCGGUGGUUCCGGUAGAUAAGGCAUGGUCUGCUGUUUGA